AUGGCUUUCAAGAAGCACGCCCAGCAGUACGAUCUCGUCGUCCUUGGUGCAACAGGCAAACGGACGUGCGAGCACAUCACGGAUCGAUUCCCCACCGAUCUACGAUGGGCUGUGGCGGGUCGCUCCGAGUCCAAGCUCCAAGCCGUCAUUGACGAGUGCAAGAAGCUCAACCCGAACCGGGUCCAACCAGCCAUCGAGCUGGCCGACUCGGACAGCGAUGCCAGCGUGACGGCCCUGGUCAAGAAGACGUACGUCCUCAUCACCGCCGUCGGACCCUACUGCAUGUACGGGUCGGGCGUGUUCAGGGCGUGCGCCCAGAACGGCACCCACUACAUCGACUGCACCGGCGAGUUCCCCUGGGUGGCCAGAAUGAUUGAAGAGUACGAAGACGCCGCCAAAGCCAGCGGUGCUCUCAUGUUCCCCCAGAUGGGCCUCGACUCCGCGCCGUCUGACCUGUGUACAUGGGCUCUGGCCAGGCAUGUCCGUGAGAAGCUGGGGGCUCAGACACGUGAUGUCACGAUCGUCUUCCACGACAUAAAAUUCACUCCGUCCGGCGGCAGCCUGGCCACAUUGCUCGCCGUGUUCAACCACUUCUCCAUCAGAGAGGUCCAGGCAGCGGGCAAGCCCUACGCGCUGUCUCCCGUCCCCCGCAAGCCGGAGGGCGCCCGCCCCCACGAGUCCGUCUUCAACAAGCUGUUUGGUACGCGCACCAUCCAGCCCUUUGGCACCGUGACGACGUCCUUCGCCAGCAUCACAGAUGGCUCCGAGGUCGAGCGCACAUGGGGUCUUCUCUCGUCCACGCCCAGCCGUCGGGACGAGUUCUAUGGCCCCAACUUCACCUGGGCGCAGUACUUCCGCGCCGAGUCACCGCUGCACGGCUUCUUCAUCCACUUGGCACUCGCCCUGGGUACAUUCGUCAUCGCCUGCAUCCCCCCCGCCAGGGAGCUCAUCAAGAAGUUCAUCUACCAGCCUGGUCAGGGCGCCUCGAAGGAGUCGACAGCCAAGGAACGUGUCGAGUACCGCGGCAUCGCCAGCCCGGAUAACAACGGCAAGACCAACGACAAGGCCUAUUGCACUGCCGUGUACGAGGGAGGUACCUACUACCUCACGGGUAUGCUGCUUGCAGACGGCGCUCGCACUCUUCUCGAGGAGGAUACGGGGCUGCAGGGCGGAAUCUACACGCCUGCCUGCCUUGGACAAAGCUACAUUGACAGAGUGUCUGACUCGGGAUUCAAGUUGGAAGUCAAGACGAUCCAGGUUUAG